AUGGCCCCUUUUAAGACUUAUAAGUCGCUGGUCCAGCUGAAGCACAAAGAAGGGACCUUAUUUGAAGUGGUCGGAGACUCCAGCACUCUGCCCAAGUGGUUCUGUACCGAGCACCUGGAUGAUCCAAAGACAGUGUACGUGAGUCCUUGGCUCGUGGAAGCGAUGUUUGGCAAGGAUGGAGAGUACAUUCCACACGUCGAGAGUAUGUCACGUACCUUGCUUCAAGUGAACCAUUGGCGUCCUGAAGAGGAUGCAGAGAUUUUGAUAUUCGGGCCUCCUUAUUAUCAAGAUGAUGUUUCACAGAUGAUUUCAAACUUGGUCCAUGACGCUGCUACUCAGCUGUCCCCCGUGGAGGUCCAAGAGGCUUCCACCCAGCUGUCUCUUGUGGAAGUCCAAGAGACUUCCACCCAGCUGUCUCCCAUAGAGGUCCAUGAUGCUGCCACCCAGCUGUCUUCCGUGGAGGUUGGUGAUGCUGCUACCCAGCAGGCUCCUGUGGAUGUCGCUGAGGCUGCCACCCAGCUGUCCCCCAUGGAGGUCCAUGAUGCUGCUACUCAGCAGGCUCCCGUGGAGGUCCAUGAGGCUGCUACUCAGCAUGCUCCCGUGGAGGUCCAAGAGGCUUCCACCCAGCUGUCUCCCAUAGAGGUCCAUGAGGCUGCUACCCAGCAGGCUCCUGUGGAGGUCCAUGAUGCUGCCACCCAGCUGUCUCCCAUGGAGGUCCAUGAUGCUGCUACUCAGCAUGCUCCCGUGGAGGUCCAAGAGGCUUCCACCCAGCUGUCUCUUGUGGAAGUCCAAGAGACUUCCACCCAGUUGUCUCCCAUAGAGGUCCAUGAUGCUGUCUCCCAGGAGGCUCCUGUGGAGGCUUGUGAUGCUGCUACCCAGCAGGCUCCUGUGGAUGUCGCUGAGGCUGCCACCCAGCUGUCCCCCAUGGAGGUCCAUGAUGCUGCUACUCAGCAUGCUCCCGUGGAGGUCCAUGAUGCUGUCUCCCAGGAGGCUCCCGUGGAGGUUGGUGAUGCUGCUACCCAGCAGGCUCCUGUGGAUGUCGCUGAGGCUGCCACCCAGCUGUCCUCCAUGGAGGUCCACGAGGCUGCUACUCAGCAGGCUUUUGUGGAGGUCCAUGAUGCUGUCUCCCAGCAGGCUCCCGUGGAGAUCCAUGAGGCUGCCACUCAGCAGCAUUCUGUAGAGGCCUCUGAGGCUCUGCCCUAG